AUGGUGUCGUUCUUGUCAUCACCUCAUCAUCUUAUUCCAGACGAUGCUUUGAAUCUACCAGAAGAGCAGGGUGUAAACCUACCCUACUUUUUCCAUGCAGGAGAGACAGAUUCACAGGGAACAGAUGUUGAUCAGAACAUUAUGGAUGCUCUUCUAUUCAACACCACACGGAUAGGGCAUGGCUUUGCCUUGGCAUGUCAUCCUGUAGUUAAAGAAAUGUCUAGAAAAAUGGAUGUACCAAUUGAAGUUUGCCUCAUCUCAAAUCAGGUGUUGAAACUGGUUUCAGAUUUGCGGAAUCAACCGGCUGCAGUGCUGACGGCUGAGGGUCAUCCUCUGGUGAUCAGUUCUGAUGGUCCAGCUGUCUUUGGGGCCGCUGGCCUGUCUCACAAUUUCUGUGAAGCAUUCAUGGGCUUUGGAGAAAUGAGCUUUAAUCUAGGCACACUAAAAGAGCUGGUCAUGAAUUCUCUCAGGUAAUAUAUGGCUACCAACAGUAUUAUAGGCCAGUAAAUGUACAUUUAAUGUUUAUAGAUAUUACUAUUUUAAAAGAUAUAAACUGCUUCUCAUGUAAUCUGUAAAAUGAUCAGUAUUUUAUACAGAUUAUGAGGUAACAUAUAUGUGUUUUUGCAUACUGUUGUGUACAGGACUUAAUUUUGAUCUAGAAAUAUCUUAAUUUAUCAGAGAUUUUCACUAGUGUAAUCUAAAACAUGCCAUUGCAGUAUAUUUUUAACUUUUGUCCUCUCACUCUUUACUUUCAGGUACUGAUCUUUGCCAAGUCAGACAAAGAAAAAGUCUAUUGAGACUUUGCUGGUAAAAUGGGGCAAGUUUGUCUUGCAGAGUUUAUUGUAGACUAUUUUAAGAGGUCAUCUCUAAACAAGGGCAAUUUUAAACAUUGAAAUAAGUGCAUUGUUUACAGAUAUUCUUCCCCUGUCUCUUUUGUUUGACAUUGGCGAAUAUACAGGAGUGUGUGAAUACUGUAAUUAAUGCUGCUUUGCAGAUUCUGAGGAACUGACUGUAGUAUCUUGAACUGGCCUGUGCUGCCUUCUGGUGGAGAACGUGUAGAGAACUUUCAUACUUCUACUCAAAAGCUGUUCACAACAAAAUGGAGGACUCUUAAACCUCAGGCCAUUGAGAGACUUGUAUGUGCUUUAAUACUUAAAUACUAGUAUUUAAUACUUGAUGCAAUCAGAUUUCAUGACAGCAAAGUACAUAGAGGUAUAAAAAGGGUAGACCACUUUAUUCUUUUCAGGGCACCUGAUAAGCCAUCUAUCAUUUACAAAACAAUUAUUUACUAAAUCAGUUCAUCUUUAUUAUUUUAUAUAUAUAUAUAUAAAACUGGGGUGUUUAAAACAUUUUAAGAUAUUUUUACUUUAAUGGCCAUGGCAGGUUGACUUAAAGAGAUAGUUCACCCAAAAAUGCCAUCCCAGAUGUGUAUGAUUUUUCUCUGCAGAACACAAAGAUUUUUAGAAAAAUAUCGCAGCUCUGUAGGUUCAUACAGAACAAGUGAAUGGUGACCAGAACUUUGAAGAUCCAAAAAGCACAUAAAGGCAGCAUAAAAGUAAUCCAUACGACUCCACUGGUUAAAUCCUUGUCUUCAGAAACGAUAUGAUAGGUGAGGCUGAGAAACAGAUUAAUAUUCAAGUCCUUUUUUACUUUAUAUCUCCACUUUCACAUUCUUUUGUUUUUGGCGAUUGACCUUCAUGCAUAUCACCACCUACUUGACAGGGAAGAGAAUUUGUAGUAAAAAAGAGCUUAAAUAUUGAUCUGUUUCUCACCCAUACCUAUCACACCGCUUCAGAAGACAUGAGUCGUAUGAAUUACUUUUAUGCUUCC